AGGAAGGGGGAGGGAAGGGAGCGGGUGGGUAGCAACAGUUGCCCUGGUGAGGACGAAGCGCCAUAGCCACGGUAGCCCUGGCGACAAGAGCCCAGCAACGAGAAUCAACAACAACAACAACUGAAUCCGCCAUAAAAAUAAAAGAAGAUAUUUUACCGGUGGGAAAUACACACGUGGAACCAGAGGGUGAUUCCCAGCUCCUGUCAUGGCCACCUCAGGCUACGUAGGUGAGAUCCAGCCGGCAGCCCAACCCCAGGGGGCCGGUGUUACCGUCACGCCGGGGCAACCUGACGCCAGCUCCACCCCUCCAACUGCCCCUCCCCCCUUUCUGGCCGAGAUUCAGACCACUGUGGUGACUCCCACUGUCGUCACACCCACAGGCCAAACUUCUCCCACUGAUCAAGCCACCUCUAUCACUAAUCAGAAGCCUGCAGCUGGAAGUCAAGCUCAGUCCACAGCACAGGCUCAGCCCGCUCAGACUCAGUAUGUGACCGCAGAGAUCCAGGGCUCCCCCACACAGUCUGGAAAUUCUCAAAGCACUCCUCAGUACAUCGUUGUUACAGUCACAGAAGGCUCCCUUCACUCAAGUGACAGUGUGUCAGACUCUAGCCCACCUCCAGCUGUGGUGCAGACAGGAGUUCCCACGCAGGUGGUUCAGCAGGUACAGACGGCUCAACAGAGGUCUGUGGUGCAGACCACCUCUCAGAUAACAAAGACUGAGCCUGGCACCCAGCUCAGUGUCACCAGUCUGCAACCUGUUCAUAUCAGCCCGGAGGUGCAGCAGCAGCUCACGCCCGUGCCAGUGCAACAUGUGUACACCAAUCAAGUGCAGUAUGUGGAAGGAGCGGACACCAACUAUACCACCAGCACGAUUCGUUCCAGCACCUUCCCGUACACUGACACACCCCUGUACACCCAGACCACCGGCGCCCAGUAUUAUGAAAGUCAGCCAACAUCAGGCUCACAGGCCUCUACCCCCGGCACACCUCUAACCGUCUCAGUGACUGCUGGCACGACAGGGGGCGUGUCCAUGUUUGUGGCCCAACCCACCAGCGCGGCGGGGGGAGGGGCCACAGUGGUGACUACUGGUGGCACCACCAACGGGGCAGGGGAAGGGGCAGGCACCAAUGGUGGCGCAGCAGGCAGCUAUGUAAUCCAGGGGGGUUACAUGCUGGGCAGCAGCAGCGGGGGGGCAGCUGGCAACAGUCAGAACUACUCUCACACCGCCCGCGCCUCUCCAGCCACUGUGAGUAUUACAGAGGGCGAGGAGAGUAGCGUGCCGUCGGCAGACAAGAAGGUACAGUGGUUGCUGGACAACUAUGAGACAGCUGAAGGAGUGAGUCUUCCCCGUUCCACCCUCUACUGCCACUACCUGCUGCACUGCCAGGAGCAGAAACUAGAACCUGUCAAUGCUGCCUCUUUUGGGAAACUCAUUAGAUCGGUGUUCAUGGGGCUACGCACGCGACGCCUGGGCACGCGGGGUAAUUCUAAAUACCACUACUACGGGCUGAGGAUCAAGGCAGGUUCCUCUCUUCUCCGUCUGAUGGAAGACCAGCAACAUCUGGCCAUGAGGCAGCAGCCCUUCUCACAGAAACAGAGGUUGAAGCCUGUGCAUAAAGUGGAGGGGAUGACGAAUGGCACAGCAGCAGGAGCAGGCCAGCAGCAGCAGCAGCAGCAGGGGUCAGGGCAGGUGGACAUCAGCACGCAGGUUCAGCAGUACCAGCAGUUCCUAGAUGCAUCCAGAGCUCUCCCAGAGUUCCCGGACAUCGACCUCCAGGGGAAGUCUCUGCCAGAGGGCAUCGAGCUGGAGCACAUAAAGAGCUUUCAGCUGCUGUACAGAGAACACUGUGAGGCCAUACUAGAUGUGAUGGUCAACCUGCAGUUUACCCUGGUGGAAACCCUGUGGAAGACCUUCUGGAGGUUCAGCCAGAGUCAGGCUGGUGAUGCCACGUUGGCUGUUCACGACGAGUCAGAGAAACGUCUGCCUAAGUCCUGCCUGGUGCUGCUGUGCAAGUAUGACCCAGUGCUGCGCUGGAGCCGCGACUGUGACAACAGCCUGUACCAGGGCCUGGUGGAGAUCCUCAUCCCUGAUGUCCUCAGGCCCAUCCCCAGUGCCUUAACUCAAGCCAUCCGCAACUUUGCCAAGAGCCUGGAGAGCUGGCUGACCAAUGCUAUGAUGAACAUCCCUGAGGAAAUGGUCCGCAUAAAGGUAACAUCAGCCAAUGCAUUUGCCCAGACACUGCGGCGCUACACCAGUCUGAACCACCUCGCCCAGGCAGCCCGCGCUGUCCUCCAGAACACGGCCCAGAUCAACCAGAUGCUCUCCGACCUAAACCGCGUCGACUUUGCUAACGUACAGGAACAGGCCUCAUGGGUGUGCCGGUGUGAAGACCGCGUCGUCCAGCGGCUGGAGCAGGACUUCAAGCUGACCCUCCAGCAGCAGAACUCCCUGGAGCAGUGGGCCGCGUGGCUGGACGGCGUGGUCUCCCAGGUCCUGAAGCCGUACCAGCACAGCCCCGCCUUUCCGAAGGCCGCCAAACUCUUCCUGCUCAAGUGGUCCUUUUACAGUUCCAUGGUGAUAAGAGACCUGACCCUGAGAAGUGCAGCCAGUUUUGGUUCCUUUCACUUGAUCCGCCUGCUGUACGAUGAGUACAUGUACUACCUGAUAGAGCACAGAGUGGCCCAGGCUAAAGGAGAGACCCCCAUUGCUGUCAUGGGAGAGUUUGCCAGUUUAGGCCGGGGUCUAAGCCAGCUGGAUCCUGACAAAGAAGAGGAAGAGGAGGAGGACGACGAGAGCGAUGACGAAGGACAGGAGCUGUCCCUACCCUCAGACGGAGCCGUGCUGGGAGAGGAGUCUCUGGAGCCGCCCGCCAAGCUGGCCAGAACGGACCAGAGAGUCCUCUUCACGACCGGAUCAGCUGACAACUAGUCACAGAGUAACACUACGAGACGUGGGUUGAUUAUAUUGAUUGCAUACACACCCAGAUGUACAAAGAACACUAAUUUAUACACUCGACACAUGUAUAUAGAUCUUGUAAAUGUGUGUGCGCGCUCUCGCUGCGUACUGUAACUGUCCCCACUUGUUUACGCAUACACAAUCAAAACACACACUCAAUCAGUACUGCUGCUGCCUGGAUGGCACAACCACCUGUUGACGCCACUGGUUUAACACACAAUCACUGGCAUUGCAACAGGAUGUGGCUUCAAAAAACAGACUCUCAAUGCAACGGGAAAAUUAACUGGCAUGUUUUGGGUUUUUUUCGUCGUCGUCUCUCAUUGCAUUGCGACCCGUAGCCUCGCUGUCUCCGUCGCCGAGAAGCUUCUGCUCACCCUAGAUCCUCCUAAAACUGUCACUGCCGUAUCAAAGUGGUCUUGAAAAUACUGUGACGUGUGUGCGUGUGUAAAGGUAACUACAGGAGGAGGGUGCAAAGUGGACCUUCAACAGUAGAUGUUUGCUGAAUUUAGUUGCUCCCGAUUCAUUAAACGCUGUGGGGAAGCUGUGUCAUUCAGAUGGGAAGAGACAUUUGUGAAAGACAGCAGGCGGUUGGGAUUUUUUGGGUGGGUUUGUCUUGUUUGUGUGUGUGUGUGUGUGUGUGUGUGUGUGUGUUUUCCGUAAGAGCACUGGGGUCACACCGCUCUGCUGUUGCUUCUGGAGGCUGACUGAACAUGCUUUUCCACGAUGGUACGUGUAUAUACGUGUGUGUGUGUGUGUGUGUGUGUGUGUGUGUCUGGUUGUGUGAUUGUGAGUCACGCCAAGUGUGGGCUGUUUUCUUCUGUAGAUAUUUUCUAAGGCAUUCAGGUUUUGAUUUUGGGAAAUGUGUGGAGAUUUUCCUGUUUUGAUUUUAUUCGCCUGUAAAGAAAAACAGUCUUGUGUUCUUGGAGUGCCUGUCGCAGCUGCUACACACACUUGUAAAGAUAAAAUCUACGGCUGUGGAAUUGGGGCUCCCAUUAGUUGCUGCAAAAAAUCCUCUCUUCUAUUGAACACCUGGUUCCACGAGAGAGGUACUGUACGUGUCAUAUUUUUACCUUCAAAGUGCUCCAUUCCUGUCCACCCCAGUACGUUCCUCUGUGGCCUCGUUUUCCUUUGACAUAUCGUUUUAUCUCGCCUUAUUUCAGUAUAUUUUUCCGUGUGUGCCAAACCUGUUUGCUUUUAUCCCAGAUCCCAUUGUUUUUAAACUCUCUCUCUAUGUUUUAAGGAGGACUGUGCCUGAGUAAGAACGGUGAUAUACUUAUAUUCUACUGUAUAUUUAUCCACUAUUUUGAAUUUUGUUGUCACUAAGUGAACCUCUUGUGCAGUGUAUGGUGCUGUGUUGUCACACAUUGUAAGCAAUCUUUGUGUGCAUUAUUGAUUUGUGAUUGUACGUUCAGUUAUCAAUCCUAUAUCAUAUCUUAUGACUUUUCCACAAACAGGCUUAAGGCCCUGCCUCUUUGCACAUAUUGACUAUUGUCUUUAAAACUCCGACAGAGUUACCUGAAAUGUUUUUCAUCUUCUUCGAAGUCUUAGGUGUUUUCAGUGGUGGGGUGCAGGUGUCAGAUUUUGUGCAAACAUCUCAUACCCACUCGGUGUGGUUCAGAGAAUUUGGUGAGAGGUGACAGAUCUGAUAGCUCUUCCUGCACAGUCCUCCACAGACACUCACCUCCCUCCACUGUGCUUUCAUCUCGCUGCGUUUCCGCCCUCCUGCCAAUGGCUUUGUUUUGCUUCAAACAUCCAUAUUCUUAAACACUGUUCGUCGAGAUUGGUUGUUGUAAACAUGUCAUUUUUUGGAUUUUUAAAUACAACGUCUUUAAAUAGCUGCAGUGCACGUUUUCGACAGGCAUCAGCAGCCUCAAACCAGCACAUCGUCCUUUAUAGGGAGUCUAAUGCUACCACAGCUGAGUACAUAUCACUCCAGUCUUUUAAUGAUCUACAGCAUAUAGAAUGGCCAUUGUUUACCCAGUAAGAAAAAUGUUUAGUCAUUUUUAUAGUGCAUUGUUUCUUAUGUACAAAACAAAUUGAGAAAAAAGAUGUUCAGUGGCAGUGUUUUAUGAAUUUGGUCUGCUGUAAGUAUGACUGUGCCUUUGGAGGUGGUAGAAUGCAAUUCAGAUGUUUUUAAUUUUAAAGAUAUAAAUUAAAGAAUUUUUAAAAUUG